CGCACGGUGAAUGGCGCACGCUUUGUACGCGCCGUGAAUUGCUGCCGAGGCAUGUAUUGAAGACCGCGCGCGGGGAAUGCAUCACGUCGAGACGCGCCGGACAAGCUUGUUGUCUCUCCCUCCAUUCUCGUUCUCGAUCCUCUUCCCUGCCUCCGGCGCGCUCUGCGAGCGCAGUUGAGUCGAUUCUCGACAUCUGGUCUAUCGAGCCGGGUCUGCGGUCUUGACGGUCUCCAGUGGCUGGACCGCCUCUCUCUUUUACUACUGCUCGCAGCGCGGACGCUUGCCUUGUGUCUUCCCACCUGUCUCUACUGCUGCUUAUCUCGGACGAACUCACGAACCUGUAUGACGCGAUGGAGCUCGGACGUGCGUUCUUCAAGGUCAGGGCGGCCGUGUUUGGCGUCAUGAUGCUCGUCAGCCUGCUGUGGACGAUACUGCUGUCUGUGGAGGUGUUUGUGCUGUACGACCAGUCAGACACAGCCCAGAGAAAUUUUGUCGGGGUGCUCAUCUUUAUCAACGCACUCACUGCUAUCCUACUACCAGCUCUGCUCCUCGUGCAGUUCCGACCAUGGCUGGAUGCUGCAAGACUGCUAUUCCUCCUGUUAGCACAGUUCGGUACCGCUGCUCUCUUUACGAGUUGGAAUCCCACCUUUCAAUGCCCUACUGAAAAUACCAAACGGUGUCAAUCGGUCAACCUGGCUAUCUUGAUUUGUAGCUGGGUCAUUCCUGCCAUGCUCACUUGGUAUUCCGCCUUCCUCGCAGUCAUGUACUACUGGCGAAAGGAUCAUCCGCCAACAGACAGCCCAGAGAAGCGAUUGUCGGACUUGCCUAUGAUGAUCCCUUCGCGAAGGCCGUCACUCAGGCGUCCUUCUGUCGCGCCCGUCGCGCCCGUAACACCCAUGCGCCCCGCCGUCAACCGGGCGUCCAACACCGCCAGCCAGACGUCGCGCCCGUCGUGGUUGGCCGCGUCCCCCUCGACACCUGUAGCAUCUUCUUCCCGAGCACCGCCACAGCGCGGUGUGCCUGCCAAUCCCGUAUACGAAAGCACCGAGUCCUCUUACUCUUCCCCGAGGUCUUCAGGAAGACUCUCCAAGCCGCCUCCACCGUUGAUGUAUUGAUGCCCUAUGUAUUCGCCAUGUAUUAGUAUACGCUGUAUCGCAUAGACCGAGCUGCCCUCUCAUUAAGCAGCAGCACCCC